AGGGCUUCGUCGGGAGCCCGCUGGCCAGGGCUCGGUCGCCGCCACCAGGAAUCCAGGAACCGCGUCGGGGGCUGAGGGCGUGAACACCGGGACGGCGCCUGGAAUGGCCGUGCUGGGCAGCUGAGAGCCUCGGACCGACGGCAGGUUGUGAAGUUGGAACGAACAUUACCAAAAGGAUCGGCAAGUGAGAAGUACUGCAUUCCUGGGGCGGAUCCUACCUGAAGCAAAGUCCUAGAAAGAUGGACAAGGAAGAAGAGAGUACGCGGGAGAUCCUACUCCCUGAUUGGCAAGGCAGCUCUCAUGGUAUUACCAUCAAAGAGACAGAUGAAGGUGUCUUUGUGAAGCAGAUCCAACAGGACUCGCCAGCUGCCAAGACAGGAAUUGUACAGGAAGGAGACCAGAUUGUGAGCGCCACCAUCUAUUUUGACAACGUGCACUCAGGAGAGGUCUCGGAGCUCCUUAAAAAUGUGGGUCAUCAUACGGUGGGCCUGCGGCUACAGAGGAAGGGAGACCGCUCCCCAUUACCAGGGCAGUCUGGCUCCUAUGACAUGUUUCCUCCAAGGAGCCCAGAAGUCGUUUUGAGUGGAGAUGAUGAAGAGUAUCAGCGGAUUUACACCACGAAAAUUAAACCUCGCCUUAAAUCAGAAGAUGGCACAGAAAUUGAGCAUGCAGGAACUCAAAGCAGGACCAUCACAGUUACCAAAAGAGUCACAGCUUACACUGUUGAUGUUACCGGCCACGAAGGUGCCAAAGAGAUUGACAUCAGCAGUCCUGAGUUCAAGAUCAAAAUUCCUAAACAUGAACUUACCCAGAUUUCUAAUGUUGGAAUUGAAUCAGAACCUGGGAAAACUGUCAUCAAGAUCCCACACGUGGAUUCGCCUGGGAGAACCAGCUUUGGAAAAACCUCCCACGAAGGAGGGAAAUUUUAUGACGUGACAUAUUCUGGACCAACGAUUGACUUGCCUACCCGAAAAUUUGAGGCAGGUGUUCCCGAUACCCUUGUGCGGCAGCCAAAGAUGGGGAAACCUGAUAUCCAAGUCUCUGACAUCAUGGGUAAAGGUUUGAGAGGUCAGACAGAUUUCAGCAGCCCUGAAAUCAAUGGGAAAACAGGGGAUCGACUGCAAUUCGAUAUCAAAAGUCCUAAAAUUAAAGGGGAAUUGGGAGGGUUUCAAGGCGCAGGGGUAAAGGUCCCUGCCUCAGGCAUUGAAGGCAAGAUGACAAGUCCAGGUCUCGAUGAUGACAGCAAAGGAAAUCUUACAUUCCCUGCAAUGAGAAUGCCCAAAUUUGGAAUAUCAUCUCCAGGUGCUGACAUUGAGGUUCCUCAACUGGAUGCAACAGCUCCAUCUGUGACAAUCAAAGGCCCAGGAGGAUUUCCAGGAGGCCCCAAAGAUGCGGUCGCAAGCAGAGGAAUACUAGAACCAAAGUUGGAUAUAGGUGUAAAGGGACUGGAUUUGAAAGGUGGGGUGAAAUCAAAGAUAGAUUUUGGGGCUCCAGACAUUGGAUUUGAAGGCAGUGAAGACAAAUUCAAAAUACACCAUAUGGAUAUUCCUAAAUUUUCUGUUUCAGGCCCUGCAGCAGAUAUCAAUGUUCCAAAAGGAGGGAUUGAGAUUAGUGGACAGACACCCAAAAUCUCUAUGUCAAAUAUUGACUUGAAUCUUAAAAGUCCCAAAGGAAAAGGAGCUGUAUAUAUUUCGGGGCCAAAGUUUGAAGGGGACUUGAAAGGGCCUGGCAUGAGUAUUGAGGGCACCAAUGUUGACCUUGGUGAACCAUUCAAAGGUCCAAAAAUCUCAAUGCCCUCUGGGAAACCUACCCCAAUCAAAGUUGCUGUGCCAGAUGUUGACUUGAGCCUAAAAGGGACAUCAUUAAAGAGUGAUAUGGAUGUUUCUGUGCCCAAACUGGAAAGCAACCUGAAGAGCCCACAGAUUGACAUCAAGGGCCCCAAAAUGGACAUUGCUGCUCCUGGCAUUGGCAUCAAGAGUUCUUCUGAUCAACUAAAAUGGCCUCAUAUAAAAACUCCACAAAUCUCCAUUCCAGAUAUUGAUCUAAAUUUGAAAGGCCCCAAAGUCAAGGGGGACAUGGGUGUUUCCAUACCAAGGAUGGAAGGAGAACUGAAGGGCCCAGCUGUGGGCAUCAAGGCUCCUAAAGUAGACAUUGCAGCACCAGAUGUUGACCUUCAUGGGCCUGAACUCAAAAUGCCUAAAUUGAAAAUGCCUAAAUUUAGUGUGCCCAGCUUGAAAGGUGAAGUUCCUGAUGUGGACGUCAGUCUUACCCAGGGCAGCCUUGACUUUGCAGGUCCUAAAGUAGAUAUUGCAGCCCCAGGAUGGGAUCUUGGAGCACCAGAAGGCAAAAUUAAAGGUCCCAAAGUCAAGAUGCCAGAAAUGCAUAUUAAAGGUCCUACAAUCUCCAUGCCAGAUUUGAAUCGAAAGGGGCCCAAACUCACAGGAGAUGUUGAUGUUUCUAUUCCAAAAUUAGAAAGUGACAUAAAAGGUCCAGAAAUUGAUAUCAAAGGUCCAAAAUUAGAUAUUGAAGUUCCAGAUGUUGACCUACAUGGACCAGAAGGGAAAUUGAAGAUGCCAAAAUUCAAAAUGCCUAAGUUUGGAAUACCCAGCUUCAAAGGAGAAGGUCCCGAUAUGGAUGUAAGCCUCCCUAAAGGAGAUUUUGACGUUUCUGUUCCAACAGUUGAUGUAGCAGCACCAAGUUUAGACAUUGAAAGCCCAGAAGGAAAACUAAAAGGAUCCAAAUUUAAGAUGCCAGAGUUUAAUAUUCAUGCACCAAAGAUAUCAAUGCCAGAUGUAGAUUUGAAUCUAAGAGGGCCAAAAUGGAAAGGGAAUGCAGACAUUUCUGGAUCAAAAAUAGAAGGUGAACUUAAGGGUCCUCAGUUUGAUAUUGAAGAUAAUAAACUGGAUGUUGAUGUCCCUGAUGUAGAGCUGGAAGGGCCUGAAGGAAAAAUUAAAGGAUCCAAAUUCAAGAUGCCAAAACUGAAUAUUAAAGCUCCCAAAAUCUCCAUGCCAGAUGUAGAUCUCAAAGUCCCCAAAAUGAAGGGUGAAAUGGAUGUGACUGUUCCAAAACUAGAAGGAGAUUUGAAAGGACCCAAUCUUGCUACACCAAAAUUGGAUAUAGAUCUCCCAGAAGUUGAACUUGAAGGCCCAGAAGCCAAGUUGAAGAUGCCCAAAAUGAAGCUACCAAAAUUUGGAACACCUGGAUUGAAAGGAGAGGGUCCUGAUGUUAAUGUGAGCCUUCCCAAAGGAGAUUUGGAUGUUUCAGGGCCAAAAAUAGAUUUUGAUAUGCCAAGUGUGGACCUUGAAGGCCCAGAAGGAAAACUGAAAGGUCCAAAGUUUAAAAUGCCUGAAAUGCAUUUCAAAACACCCAAAGUCUCCAUGCCAGACUUCAGUUUGAAAGGUCCAAAUGUGAAAGGUGAUAUGGAUGUUUCUAUUCCAACAUUACAAGGAGAAUUCAAGGGACCCAGCAUUGAUAUCAAGAAGCCUACAGUAGAACUAAGUGGUCCAGACGUUGAUCUCCAGAAUGAGGGGAAACUAAAAAUGCCAAAAUUGAAGAUGCCAAUUUUUACUGUUUCAAGCCCAAAACUAGAAAGUCCUGAUGUAGAACUAAGCUUGCCAAAAGGAGAAAUUGACAUUUCAGGUCCAGAGAUAGAUGUGGAAGCUCCAGAACUUGAUAUUGAAGGUCCUGAAGGAAAGCUAAAAGGUUCAAAAUUUAAGAUGCCAAAACUAAAUAUCAAAGCACCAAAGAUCUCCAUGCCUGAUGUAGACUUGAACAUCAAAGGACCUGGAGCCAGAGGACAGAUGGAUGUAACUGUACCAAAUAUUGGAGGCAAUCUUGAAGGACCUCAGAUUGAUGUAAAGUCUCCAAAACUGGAUGUGGAAGCACCAGACAUUCACUUAGAAUGUCCAGAAGGAAAAUUAAAAGGGCCCAAAUUUAAGAUGCCUGAAAUGCACAUCAAAACUCCAAAAAUCUCUAUGCCAGAUGUUGAUCUGAACCUCAGAGGCCCAAAACUGAAGGGAGAUGUUGAUGUUUCUGUUCCAAAGCUGGAAGGUGACCUAAAAGGGCUAGAUGUGGAUAUCAAAGGCCCAAAACUAGACAUUGAUGCACCUGAUGUUGAACUUCAUGGACCAGAAGGAAAGUUGAAAAUGCCUAAGUUCAAGAUGCCCAAGUUUGGCAUGCCUGGUUUCAAAGGGGAAGGUCCAGGUGUGGAUGUAAGCCUCCCUAAAGGAGAUCUUGAUCUUUCUGGUCCAAAAGUUGAACUUGAAGGACCAAGCUUGGACAUUGAAGGCCCAGAAGGAAAAGUGAAAGGGCCCAGGUUUAAGAUGCCUGAGAUGCACAUCAAAGCUCCAAAGAUUUCCAUGCCAGAUGUUGAUUUGAAUCUCAAAGGUCCAAAGCUGAAGGGAGAUGUGGAUGUGUCUGUUCCUAAGCUAGAAAGUGGCCUCAAAGGGCCAGAUGUGGAUAUCAAGGGUCCCAAAGUGGAUAUUGAUGCACCUAAUGUUGAACUUCAUGGACCAGAAGGAAAGUUGAAGAUGCCAAAAUUCAAAACCCCCAAAUUUGGAAUGCCCAGUUUCAAAGGAGAAGGUCCAGAUGUUGACGUAAGCCUCCCUAAAGGAGAUCUGAAAGGCCCAGAUGUAGAUAUCAAAGGUCCCAAACUGGAUAUUGAUGCACCUGAUGUAGAAAUUGAAGGUCCUGAAGGAAAGUGGAAAAGUCCCAAAUUUAAGAUGCCUGAAAUGCACAUCAAAGCUCCAAAGUUCUCCAUGCCAGAUGUAGACUUAAACCUACGAGGUCCAAAACUGAAGGGAGAUGUUGAUGUUUCUGUUCCAAAGCUGGAAAGUGACCUAAAAGGGCCAGAUGUGGAUAUCAAAGGCCCCAAACUAGACAUUGAUGCACCUGAUAUUGAACUUCAUGGACCAGAAGGAAAGUUGAAAAUGCCUAAGUUCAAGAUGCCCAAGUUUGGCAUGCCUGGUUUCAAAGGGGAAGGUCCAGAUGUGGAUGUAAGCCUCCCUAAAGGUGAUUUUGAUGCUUCUGGUCCAAAAGUUGAACUUGAAGGACCAAGCUUGGACAUUGAAGGCCCAGAAGGAAAAGUGAAAGGGCCCAGGUUUAAGAUGCCUGAAAUGCACAUCAAGACCCCAAAGAUCUCUAUGCCUGAUAUUGAUCUGAACCUCAAAGGUCCAAAGCUGAAGGGAGAUGUGGAUGUUUCUGUUCCCAAGCUGGAAGGUGACCUAAGAGGGCCAGAUGUGGAUAUAAAAGGUCCCAAACUAGACAUUGAUGCCCCUGAUGUUGAACUUCAUGGACCAGAAGGAAAGUUGAAAAUGCCUAAAUUCAAGAUGCCCAAGUUUGGCAUGCCUGGCUUCAAAGGGGAAGGUCCAGAUGUGGAUGUAAGCCUCCCCAAAGGAGAUCUUGAUCUUUCUGGUCCAAACGUUGAACUUGAAGGACCAAGUUUGGACAUUGAAGGCCCAGAAGGAAAAAUGAAAGGUCCCAAGUUUAAGAUGCCUGAAAUGCACUUCAAGACACCAAAGAUCUCCAUGCCUGAUUUUGAUCCAAAGCUAAAGGGAGAUGUGGAUAUUUCUGUUCCAAAGCUAGAAGGUCCAGAUGUGGAUAUCAAGGGUCCCAAAUUGGAUAUUGAUGCACCUGGUGUAGAAAUUGAAGGCCCAGAAGGGAAGUGGAAAACUCCGAAGUUUAAGAUGCCCGAAAUGAACAUCAAAGCUCCCAAAAUCUCCAUGCCAGACUUUGACUUGAACCUCAAAGGUCCCAGAGUGAAAGGAGAUGUGGAUGUCUCAGUCCCGAGCUUGGAAGGUGAUCUGAAGGGCCCUGACAUUGACAUCAAAGGGCCUAAACUAGACGUCGAUCUUCCAGAUGUUGAUCUUGAAGGCCCAGAAGGGAAGUGGAAAGGACCCAAAUUUAAGAUGCCUGAGAUCAAAGCUCCCAAAAUCUCCAUGCCAGACUUUGACUUGAACCUGAAAGGACCUAAAGUGAAAGGAGAUGUGGAUGUUUCUGUGCCAAAGUUGGAAGGUGACCUGAAAGGUCCUGAUGUGGACAUCAAAGGGCCCAAAGUUGGUGUUGACCUUCCUGAAGUUGACCUUGAAGGGCCUGAAGGAAAACUUAAAGGUCCUAAGUUUAAGAUGCCAGAAAUGCAUUUUAAUGUUCCUAAAAUCUCUAUGCCUGAUAUAGAUUUGAACUGGAGGAAGCCUAAAGUAGAAGCCGAUGUAUCUAUACCAACAGUGGAGGGGGAUUUGAAAGGCCCAAGUGUGGACAUCAAAGGUCCCAAAGUAGGUAUUGAUGUCCCUGAUGUUGACAUAGAAGGACCAGAAGGGAAAUGGAAAGGGCCCAAAUUUAAGAUGCCAGAAAUGAACAUCAAAGCUCCCAAAAUUUCCAUGCCAGAUUUUGACUUGAAUUUGAAAGGUCCUAAAAUGAAAGGAGAUGUUGAUGUUUCUGUGCCAAAGCUAGAGGGGGAUGUUAAGGGGCCAGAACUCGAUAUUGACGCACCCCAAUUAGAUAUUAAUGCCCCUGAUAUAAGUGUGGAAGUACCAGAGGGAAAGAUAAAAGGUCCUAAAUUUAAGAUGCCCGAAAUGCACAUCAAAGCUCCAAAGAUCUCCAUGCCAGAUUUUGACUUGAAUUUGAAAGGUCCAAAACUGAAGGGCGAUGUUGAUGUUUCUGUUCCCAAACUGGAAGGAGAUCUGAAAGGCCCUGAUAUCAGAGGUCCCAAAUUGGACAUUGAUGCACCUGAUGUAGAAAUUGAAGGCCCAGAAGGGAGGUGGAAGAGUCCCAAGUUUAAGAUGCCCGAAAUGAACAUCAAAGCUCCCAAAAUCUCCAUGCCAGACUUUGAUUUGAACCUCAAAGGUCCCAGAAUGAAAGGAGAUGUGGAUGUCUCAGUCCCGAGCUUGGAAGGUGAUCUGAAGGGCCCUGACAUUGACAUCAAAGGGCCCAAAUUAGACGUUGAUGUUCCAGAUGUUGAUCUUGAAGGACCUGAAGGGAAGUGGAAAGGACCCAAAUUUAAGAUGCCUGAAAUGAACAUCAAAGCUCCCAAAAUCUCCAUGCCAGACUUUGACUUGAACCUGAAAGGACCUAAAGUGAAAGGAGAUGUGGAUGUUUCAUUGCCAAAAGUUGAAGCCCCUGAUGUGGACAUUCAAGGCCCCAAAAUGGACAUUGAUAUGCCCGAUGUUGACUUGCAUGGUCCAGAGGGUAAAAUCAAGCUGCCCAAAUUUAAAAUGCCCAAGUUUGGGAUGCCUGGAUUUAAAGGAGAAGGUCCUUCAGUGGAUGUGACCAUACCCAAGGGAGAAGUGGAUAUAUCUGGUCCCAAACUAGAUAUUGAAACACCUGAUCUGGAAAUCGAACACCCAGAAGGAAAAAUGAAAGGCCCCAAAAUGAAGAUGCCGGAAAUGCAUUUUAACGUCCCCAAAAUUUCAAUGCCAGAUAUUGAUUUGAAUUUGAAAGGCCCAAAACUCAAAGGAGAUGUAGGAGGUGACAUUAAAGGACCCGACAUUGCAUUGAAAGGACCUGAUGUUGAACUGGAGACACCAAAAGUAGACAUUGAAGCAAAACCAAAGAAAUCACGAUUUAAACUUCCUAGAUUCAAUUUUUCUGGCCCCAAACUUCAUACACCUGAAGUUGAUGUGAAGGUCAAGAAACCAGAUGUUGAUAUCUCAGGGCCAAAAGUGAAUGUUCAGAGUCCAGAUGUGGAUAUCCAAGGAAAAGCAAAAGGUGGUAAAUUUAAAAUGCCGUCAUUGAAUAUCUCCUCCCCUAAAGUCUCAAUGCCAGAUGUGGAAUUAAAUUUGAAAGGGCCUAAAUUAAAGGGAGACCUGAAUGUUUCUUCACCAAGCCUGGAAGGAGAUUUGAAAGCCCCUGAGGUUGAUAUCAAAGGACCCAAGAUGGAGGUUGGUGCACCAGAAAUUGAUGUUCAUGGCCCUGAAGGCAAACUCAAAAUGCCUAGGUUUAAAAUGCCCAAAUUUGGAAUACCAGGAAUCAAAGCAGAAGCUCCUGAUGUGGACGUAACUCUUCCCAAAGCUGAUCUUGACCUGUCGGGCCCCAAAGUGGACAUUGAAACUCCUGACCUAGAAGGGCCAGAAGGGAAGCUGAAAGGUCCAAGGUUUAAGAUGCCAGAAAUGCAUAUCAAAACUCCUAAAAUCUCAAUGCCAGACAUAGACCUAAAUCUGAAAGGCCCAAAAUUGAAGGGAGACGUUGAUGUCUCUGUGCCAAAGUUGGAGGGUGACUUGAAGGGCCCUGAGGUUGACAUCAAAGGUCCAAAGGUAGACAUUGACGUUCCAGAUGUUGACCUUGAAGGCCCAGAAGGAAAACUGAAAGGACCCAGGUUUAAGAUGCCUGACAUACAUUUUAAAACCCCUAAAAUCUCUGUACCAGAUUUUGACUUGAAUUUGAAAGGCCAUAAAGUCAAAGGAGAUAUUGAUAUGAAAGCUCCCACACUGGAAGGUGACUUUGAGGGUCCAGAAAUAGAUAUCAAAGGCCCCAAAGCGGACGUUGAUAUCCCUGAGGUGGACAUAGAAGGCCCAGAAGGAAAAGUGAAAGCCCCCAAAUUUAAGAUGCCUGACAUGCACUUUAAGGCUCCCAAAAUUUCCAUGCCAGAUUUUGACUUAAACCUGAAAGGACCCAAAUUAAAAGGAGAUGCAGAUGUGACCUUACCUACAUUGGAAGGUGAUUUGAAGGGCCCAGAAGUUGAUAUCAAAGCACCUAAACUUGAUGUAGAUGUUCCUGAUAUUGAACUGGAGGCCCCAGAAGGAAAGUGGAAAGGACCCAAAUUUAAGAUGCCGGACAUGAACAUCAAGGCCCCUAAGAUCUCAAUGCCAGAUGUGGAUUUCAACCUGAAAGGACCUAAACUCAAGGGAGAUAUGGAUGUCUCAGCUCCAGGACUGCAAGGAGAACUUAGAGGACCAGAGAUUGACAUCAAAGGUCCAAAGCUGGACGUUGAGGUCCCAGAUGUUGAUCUACAUGGACCAGAAGGAAAACUGAAGAUGCCAAAAUUCAAGAUGCCAAAGUUUGGCAUGCCUGGCUUCAAAGGGGAAGGCCCAGAUGUGGAUGUAAGCCUCCCCAAAGGAGACCUUGAUGUUUCUCUUCCCAAAGUUGAACUUGAAGCACCAAGCUUGGACAUUGAAGGCCCAGAGGGAAAAGUGAAAGGACCCAGAUUUAAGAUGCCUGAAAUGCACAUCAAGACACCAAAGAUCUCCAUGCCAGAUGUAGACUUCAACCUCAAAGGUCCAAAGUUGAAGGGAGAUGCAGAUGUUUCUAUUCCAAAGCUGGAAGGUCCAGAUGUGGAUAUCAAAGGUCCCAAACUGGAUAUUGAUGCGCCUGAUGUGGAAAUUGAAGGUCCUGAAGGAAAGUGGAAAAGUCCCAAGUUUAAGAUGCCUGAAAUGCACAUCAAAGCUCCCAAAAUCUCCAUGCCAGACUUUGAUUUGAACCUCAAAGGUCCCAGAGUGAAAGGAGAUGUGGAUGUCUCAGUCCCGAACUUGGAAGGUGAUCUGAAGGGCCCUGACAUUGACAUCAAAGGGCCCAAACUAGACGUCGAUGUUCCAGAUGUUGAUCUUGAAGGACCUGAAGGGAAGUGGAAAGGUCCCAAAUUUAAAAUGCCAGAGAUGCAUUUUAAGACUCCUAAACUCUCAAUGCCAGAUGUGGACUUAAACCUGAAAGCUCCCAAACUGAAAGGAGACCUGAAUGUCUCGAUUCCAGAGGGUGAUUUGAAAGGCCCAGAAAUUGACAUCAAAGGUCCAAAGCUAGAUAUUGAUGCUCCAGAUGUUGACCUACAUGGUCCAGAAGGAAAACUCAAAAUGCCUAAGUUCAAGAUGCCCAAGUUUGGCAUGCCCAGCUUCAAAGGGGAAGGUCCGGAUGUGAAUGUAAGCCUCCCAAAAGCAGACCUUGAUAUUUCUGUCCCAAAAGUUGAACUUGAAGCACCAUGUAUGGACAUUGAAGGCCCAGAAGGAAAAGUGAAAGGCCCCAAAUUUAAGAUGCCUGAAAUGCACUUCAAGACCCCAAAGGUCUCAAUGCCCGAUAUUGACCUGAACCUCAAAGGUCCAAAAUUGAAGGGAGAUGUUGAUGUGUCUGUCCCAAAGCUGGAAGGAGAUCUGAAAGGUCCAGAUGUGGAUAUAAAAGGUCCCAAAUUAGACAUUGAUGCACCUGAUGUUGAACUUCAUGGACCAGAAGGAAAGCUGAAGAUGCCCAAAUUCAAAAUGCCCAAAUUUGGAAUGCCCAGCUUCAAGGGGGAAGGUCCAGAUGUGGACGUAAGCCUCCCCAAAGGAGAUCUUGAUGUUUCUGUCCCGCAAGUUGAAUUUGAAGCUCCAUGUUUGGACAUUGAAGGCCCAGAAGGAAAAGUUAAAGGUCCCAGAUUUAAGAUGCCUGAAAUGCACUUCAAGACCCCAAAGAUCUCUAUGCCUGAUAUUGACCUGAACCUCAAAGGUCCGAAAUUGAAGGGAGAUGUUGAUGUGUCUAUCCCAAAACUGGAAGGAGAGCUGAAAGGCCCAGAUGUGGAUAUCAAAGGUCCCAAAUUGGAUAUUGAUGCACCAGAUGUAGAAAUUGAAGGCCCAGAAGGGAGGUGGAAGAGUCCGAAGUUUAAGAUGCCCGAAAUGAACAUCAAAGCUCCCAAAAUCUCCAUGCCAGACUUUGACUUGAACCUCAAAGGUCCCAGAGUGAAAGGAGAUGUGGAUGUCUCAGUCCCGAGCUUGGAAGGUGAUCUGAAGGGCCCUGACAUUGACAUCAAAGGGCCCAAACUAAAUGUUGAUCUUCCAGAUGUUGAUCUUGAAGGCCCAGAAGGGAAGUUGAAAGGACCCAAAUUUAAGGUGCCAGAGAUGCAUUUUAAGGCCCCUACAUUUUCUCUGCCUGAUAUGAACUUGAAAGGUCCGAAGAUGAAAGGAGAUGUGGAUGUAUCUGUGCCAAAGAUUGAAGGUGAUCUUAAAGGUCCAGAAAUAGACAUUAAUGUUCCUCAGAUAGAUCCUCCUGACAUUGAUAUUAAAGGACCUGAAGGCAAAAUGAAAGGCCCUAAAUUUCAGAUGCCUGAAUUUAACAUCAAGGCCCCCAAAAUCAGCAUGCCAGACAUGGACUUCAACCUCAGAGGCCCUAAACUGAAAGGAGACGUAGAUCUAGAAGUAUCUGCUCCCAAAAUAGAUACUGAUUUGAAGGAGCCUGAUCUUGAUAUCAAGGGCCCUAAACUGGAUGUCUCCAUACCUGAUGUGGAUUUGCAGUGUCCAGAGGGAAAACUCAAAGGUCCUAAGAUCAAGAUGCCUGAAAUGCAUUUUAAAACUCCCAAAAUCUCCAUGCCGGAUUUUGACUUGAACUUGAAAGGUCCCAAAAUGAAAGGAGAUGUAGAUGUUUCAGUGCCUAGGUUGGAAGCUGACCUGAAGGCUCCUGAUGUUGACAUCAGAGGUCCCAAAGUAGACAUCGAUGUUGGAGGUCCUGAAGGAAGUUGGAAAGGUCCCAAAAUUAAGAUGCCUGAAAUGCAGAUGAAAACCCCUCAAAUCUCCAUGCCUGAUGUACAGCUCGGUCUGAAAGGUGAUGUCUCUGGACUAAAACUUGGAGGAGAUUUGAAAGGUCCUGAAAUUGACAUUGCGUGUCCUACUGUUGAUAUCCACGGUCCAGAUGGAAAAGUAAAAAUACCCAAGAUGAAGCUUCCUAAAUUUGGCACCCCUGAGUUCAAAGGAGAAGGACCUCGGUUGGACGUCAACCUGCCUGAAAGAGAGUUGAAAGUAUCAGGUUCUGAUGUGAAAAUUGAAGCUCCGAGUUUGGACAUCAAAGGACCAGAAGGACAACUGAAGGGUCCUACGGUGAAGAUGCCUGAAAUGCAUUUCAAAGCACCUCAGAUCUCCAUGCCAGAAAUUGACCUAAAUCUGAAAGGUCACAAGAUGAAGGGUGAUGUGGAUGUCUCCAUUCCUGGAAUCCAAGGACCAGGGAUUGAAGCUAAAGCUCCAGAGAUUGACUUGGAAUGUCCUGAUGUGAAUAUUGAAGGGCCAGAGGGCAAUGUUAAACUCCCCAAAUUUAAGAUGCCGAAAUUUGGGUUUGGAGCAAAGAGCCCCAAGGCUGAUGUGAAAUCUCCCACUUUGGACGUGUCUCUUCCAGAAGCUGAGCUGAACGUUGAGUCACCAGAUGUUGCCAUUUCUGCCAAAGGGAAGAAAAGCAAAUUCAAAAUGCCCAAACUCCACAUGAGUGGACCUAAAGUCAAAGGCAAGAAGGGUGGUUUUGAUGUGAGUGAAGAAAUGGACGCCAAUUUGAAAUCACCAGAUUUGGAAGGAAGCCUCUCGGUCCCAGACGCAUCCUUGAAAGCAGAUGCCAACAUCAAAUCCCCCAAGGGAAAGAAACCGGUCUUUGGAAAACUCUCAUUUCCUGAUGUUGAGUUUGACAUCAAAUCUCCCAUGUUCAAGGCUGAUGCUUCUUUGCCUAAGGUGGAAGGAGAGGUCAAGCUGCCAGGAAUGGAUGUGACGUCACCCAGUCUUGAAGCUUCCGUUCCCAGUGGAAGUGCAAGUGUCAACAUUGGAGGUCCCGAUAUUGGUCUUAAGGCCCCCGAGUUCAAGCUCUCAGGUGAAAGCAUUGACCUGGCUGGUCCCAAAUUGGAAGGAGAUCUGAGAAUCCCCAGCGCUGAGGCCAACCUUGCCAUUCCUGACAUCAACCUGAAAGGUCCAUCAGUCAACAUAUCCCCUGUGGAUGUUUCCGCACCUUCCUUCUCUGCCCCCGGUGUCGAUGUUCACUUGAAAGGACCAAAGCUAAAAGGUGAUGUUGAUCUCCCAGGGGCCGAACUCCAAGGCCCAGGAGGGAAGCUGAAAUUCCCCAAGUUCAGCUUGCCAAAAUUUGGAAAGCCAGGAAUGAACCUGGAAGGGCCAGAUGUAGACAUUCAAGAACAGCUGCCCUCUGCACACCUUGAUGUCUCUUGCCCACGAAUUGGAGGAGAGGCAAGCAUUCCUGAAAUGGAUGUGAACCUGAAAGGACCAAAGCUAGGAAAAGACCUGGGUUUUUCUGGUGAGAUUAAAGCUCCGAAGAUGGAUGUUGGCAUGCCAGAUGUUGGUGUCGGUGGAUUUGAAGGGAAGUUUCAGAUGCAAAAGCCUUCAGGUCUAGACGUCAAUCUAACAGCUCCAGAUGUUGACAUGAAAGGGCCGAAAGUGAAGAUGACUUCGGAAGGAGGCAUCUCUGGAUCUGACGUAGACAUCAAUCUGAAAGGACCAAAGAUCAAAGGAGAUUUCGGCAUUUCUGGUAGCAUGACAUCCCCCAAGGUGGAAGGCUCUGGAGGUGGAGUUAAACUUCCCUGCAUGAAACUUCCACAGUUUGCCAUCGCUGGUGAAGGAGGCAGCAUUUCAGGACCACAGAUCAAAGGACCUGAAGUUGACUUUGAUUUGAACAUGAAAGGACCAAGUUUGAAAGGAGAUGCCCAGUUUGCUACCGACUUGAAAGGUCAACACAUUGGGCUAGAAAUGCCAGGCAUGAAGGUUUCUGGCCUGGACUUGGACACUGGGACCCCGGAUAUCUGUUUGAGAGGACCUUCCCUCAAUGUCUCAGGUCCAAAGGUUUCCAGGCCGGACUUUGAGGUCAAUCUGAAAGGGCCCAAGGCCAAAACGCCAGAGCUACACAUGGGCGCCAAAGGGACAGGGGACUUUCACUUUUCUGGACCAAACAUAGGGGGUGAUCUCAGUGGUCCCAAAUUAGGUAUCAAAGGUCCUUCUGUUGGGAUGGAUGCUCCACAAGGCCAUUUAGAAAGUUCACCUGGGAAGGUGUUCUUCCCUAAGAUGAAAAUACCAAAAUUUGUGGUGGCAGGGCAGGAACCGGUGGGAAGAGAAGUCGGAGUCGAUGUUGAGUUUCCCCAACCGCCACAAGCAAGUCUCCACGUUGAGGCAGGCACGGUUGAGCUGGAAGAACCUGACCUGAAAUUGAAGAAAUCUAAAAUCAAAAUGCCCAAGUUUGCCUUCUCCAAACCCAAAGUCAAGGGAAGUGUCGGCUCCCCAGAGGUCUCAACAUCUGGGGCCAGAGUUGAAGGAGAGCUCAAAGCAAGUUUAGGGUCCUUAGAAGGUGAAGUGGAAGUAGGGGAAGCAGCUGUCUCGCCCAAAGGAAAGUUCUCCUUCUUCAAGACCAAAAAGUCUCGGCACCGGUCGUCCUCGUUUAGUGAUGAGCACUCCUCGCACUCCACCCCGACCGGCACGCUGGAGCACGAAGGAGACAAAAGCAAGCAUGCCAAGAUCAAAUUUGGCACUUUUGGGGGGAUAGGGUCGAAAAGCAAAGGGUCUUACGAGGUCACGGGAAGCGACAACGAGGCAGGGAGAACACAAGGCAGCGGAGCCUCCCUGGAGUCCAAAAAAUCUCGACUUUCCUCCUCUUCGAGUAACGAAAGUGGGACAAAAGCCGCCUUCCGAGUGCCGGCAGUCGAGCUGACAGUGGCGAAAAAGAAAGAGUAGUCCAGGAAAAUGCUUGUGUACAUAACGCCCCUUCCUGUACAUAAGGUCCCUCUCUCCCCAUGGCCCUCUCCUUCUCCCGCUGUAUAUAUAUAUUUUUCCUCCCGGCUUCAAAUACUUUGCAAUGAAACAGGUGGUCUACAGUGAAAUAGUAGGAUUUGAGAGCAAAGUCAUUCCUGUUUUACUGUGAAUAGGGCAGGUUCCACUGAGAGAUUUCUAUCUUCCAGAGAUGUAAAACAAUUCCAGACUGAUACAGCGGCAUCCGUGCUCAUCUAAGGGUGAUGAUGAGCAGUUUAUAUAUCAUUGGCACAAUUUUCACGGCGAGGCCACGGCAUGUGACAUUGCAGAGCCCACCAGAAAUUUCUGACCCUUUGUUGGGGUCGUGAAUAUCCCCCAAAUUCUUCCCAAGUGGCCUUGGCUGAAUUGCACCAAAAAACACAAGUCUUUUUUAAACAAAGAAAAACUUUUUUUAAAAAAGCAGCAAAUGCCUUAAAACAAACAGCAGCAAGGUUUGUCGGCUGUAUCAGUUUGAAUUCAUUCAAUAUAGAAUUCCUCCCAGAUAUACAGAUGAGCAAAUGGGCAAUUUUUUGCAGACGGAGAAGUGACGAAUUUCAAAAAGCCUGGAUUAUGUGAUAUUUAAAGCUGUGCCGUAAGGAAGAAAGGUGUACAGUUUUUUGGGAGUAUUUUGGACGAUUUUUCUCUUCUGUUCAGGUAUAGGGUUGUGCUUUGUAUGCUGUAAGAGCUUUCUGUUUACCUAAGCAAGCUUUGAUUGAGAUAUAUUAUAUAUAUAUAUAUAUAUUUCAAUUCACUGAGUAUCUUCAGUGUUGAUCCAUGAAAAUGUGUUAAUUUUAAACUACUAGGGGUUUAUUUUUAUUUUUUUGCUUUUACCUACAGGGGGCUAAAAUGUUUUAUCCUUUAAAAUUAUGGUUUUAUGAAAAAGAAACACUGCACAUAUACAGAAGCAAGUAAGAUGUGUCAAAUUCAACAAAAAUGACUUUUCAUUUGUUUGGCAAAACGACUAAACCAACUUCAACCAAAUAUCCACAUGUAAUUUAUUUGUUGUUCAAAAGAUGCAUUGCUGUUGCAAAAUAAUUCAAGCCACAGUCCUUAUGACGUCAUCUUAAUUGUUUCUGUAUAUUUCUUAUUUUUGUAAAAGAAAAGUUAUCCUAGCUGAGGAACAAAUAUUUUUGUCAUUAAUUCCUCUGACAGGUGCAAACUGUUAUCUUUUGUCAUUAACUGUACCUUGAUUAUAAAACAAAACAAAUACAAAGAAAACUAUUUUUCAGCACUUUAAUGGCAAAUUAAUUGAGAAUGUAUGGAAACUGAUCUUGUAAAAUGAAAAUAAACUGUUUAUUAACCUUU